UUCAGUCAGUCCAGCCAAGUCCGUCGAAGGUGAAAAGUCUCUCUAUCUCGCUCCCUCCGGCAACUGUCGCGAACGAGAGAGACUCCCCACGAUCACCUUGCCCGUUACUUUUAACGCGUAAAUACGCGCGUGGUCGCGUGCUAGUGCAGAUACUACACACAGCAAUCGAGUAGUGCGCGUGUGCGUGUAAUGCGUGUCCGUGAGUUUUCUAUCGUACUAAGGAGAGAUAUUGGUGUCGAUGCUGUAUCAAAUUCGAAGCUAACCGAGAGAUCGCGGGCUGGUCGCAUCGAUGAAAACUUGUCGACUACUAAGUAUGUUUCAGGAUCUAACGCUUGAUUAGCCGUCGCCAUCUUCUUCCUACAGUUGACAGCUUGAGUGCAUUUGAAAGUACUGCAUUGUUCCUACCAGAUAUAUAUGCAUAUAUAUACAUAUACAUGCGUAUAUAGUUGUUGUUUUGGUGCAUCUAUGUGUCCUUGCCGUGCGAUCGUACCCUCCCCUUGCGCCGACAAACGAUAGCCAGGUCGAUUCUGCUGAUUUCAGCCUACUAUGUUGGAAUUCUCCGUACAACAUGCCGAAGUCGCUCUUUCCACGGCCGCAGAGGAUGUGGGAGAUGGAAUUCAAGGGCACGAUAAUGACACCGAGUCCUUGCAAUUGUUGUCGCAUCAUGAUCCUGCUGUCGACAACAUGUACAUGAUAUGCGGCGUACUACUCGCUUUGGUGUUAGUCGGCGUCAUCAUCGUUCUUCUGGCUGUAACGAUCAGUAAGCUGCGAAAACGGGAGGAUCAUUCGAAUGCGGUACAUCCGGAAGCAGCCGUAGUUCAAACGGCAAUGUCGCCGGUUUCGACGAUUGUCGCACCAUCUUAUCCUGUCGAAGGUUGUUGCACGCAGACGUCAGUGACUACCACAUCGACGGAUCUGGGAAAUGGCACAGCUGUUGAACAGGAUAACGUCUAUGCUACGGCCAAUCCGGCAGAUCAAUUCGUCUGGCAGUUUCCGCCUCCUUAUCCACCGCCUCACACACCGACGCAGUAUACGUUGUACAACGACCAGGAUACUCUUGUACACGCAUUACCGUCGGAUAGGCCUGGAUUUGCAAAGGGCUUCCGUAAGAAUAUCGGGGGGCGCUGGCGUCGCUUGGUAAAAAGGAAGCCGGAGUCGGAGACUUGUGCCAUUCCUCCUGAAUUGAAGGAUCAACUAAAAACAAUUUACGUCUAUUGACGAUCAGCGUUAAUGCGCCGUUGUCUGUAUUUUUAUAAACUUUCCUCGGUAAUCGAUGCUUUCCUGUUUGUAAGAUAAUAAUUAUGUCGACAAAGAUGGACACGGUACGAGUGAUGAUGGGAAAAGGAAACGAACGCGCAAUGGGAUAGUUAAUAAAAAAAAAAAGAAAGACAUAGGGAAGUAGUCUCAAAAAGGUCGCAACAAUUGAAUUUGUAUAAACAAAAACAAAAAUACCGGAUAGUUUGUAAUUUUUAGUAGGAAAUUUGGAAAAAGAAUAAAAUUAUUUAUACUUCUCACGAAACAUAUCAAAAAGUGCCUGAAAAUACCGUUUCAGAGAUAUUAAAAACAUAGAUAGGUAUAGACACAAAAUUAUGUUUUUCUGAUAUGGAAUAUUUUUGCAAAAAUACUUGAAGUAAUGAUAAUCUGAAUCACGAUUGCAUAAAAUGUAGCAAUAUUUACAAAGAUAUAUAUAAAAGAAAAGAAAUAAUUUUAUUACCAUAGAUAUUGUGAUGUUUUAUCGUUGGGUAUCAUUAAAAACAAAAAAAAA